UCAAAUUAGAAAGCUUCAUCUCAGUAAUAAUAAAUUUAUUGGGAGCCUUCCAGAAGCAAGGACUAAUCUUUUUAAAGGAGUUAGAUAUCAGCAAUAAUAAGUUAAGUGGCAUCAUCCCUGCAUGGUUAGGCCAACUUUCAGAAUUACAAAGGUUGGAUUUAUCUGUUAAUUUACUGGUUGGUGCUAUAUCUGAAGAUCACUUCAAAAAUCUCAGAAGCUUAAAAGACUUGCAUUUGUCAUCCAAUGCUGACCUGGUAGUGAAUAUCAGCUUCACAUGGAUUCCUCCUUUUCAACUCAAUUCUCUAAAACUGUCAUCCUGCAAAGUUGGGCCUCGAUUUCCCCAGUGGCUCCGAAACCAAAGAGACUUAGAAUAUCUGGUCAUUUCCAAUGGAAGUAUCAAAGAUAAUAUUCCAUAUUGGUUUGAGAAUGUUUACCUGAGCGUCAAGCUCUUGGAUCUAUCUCAUAAUCAGAUCACAGGUAAUUGGUUUGAGAACGUGUUGGAAUCUCAUGUAGUUAACUUGGAUUUAUCUUACAACCAGCUCACUGGCAACGUGUUGUCAGUCCCCUCUGAACUUCAGCAAUUAGAUUUGUCCAACAACUUGCUUUCAGGACUGAUGGUUGCUAAUGAUAGUAAGCUUGGAAACUGGAGUUUGAUAAGUCUUAUUCUCUCAAAUAACCAAUUAAUUGGUGAAUUUCCAGAAACUUUAUGUAAUGUGAAGACCAUAGAGUAUAUUUAUCUCCAGAAUAAUCUGUUUUCAAGUGGACUACCAACUUGCUUGGGAAGUUUAGAGUAUUUGCAAGUCUUAGACUUGACAAAUAACGCUUUUUCUGGGCGAAUUCCACGGUCUUUAGGAUAUCUGCCACGUCUGCAAUCACUACACUUGCACAACAACAAGUUCCAUGGCAAACUCCCCUCCACAUUUCAGCAUUUGACAAGUCUUGUAACACUAGACUUGGCAGAAAAUGAAAUUACUGGUAUUCUUCCCUCAUGGAUUGGACAGGGUCUCUCAAGUUUGAAGUUUUUGACUCUUCAGUCGAAUAAUUUUCAUGGUGAGAUUCCUCAGGAGUUGUGUUUUCUUUCAAAUCUUCAGUUGUUAAAUCUGGCUCAAAAUAAUAUAAGUGGACCAAUCCCAUCUUGUUUUGGCAAUCUCACUGCAAUGACUGAGGAUCACAGCGAUGACCAGUUUAUUGCAUUCUAUUCAAAUGCUACAUUUGGCUAUGGAGAAAGAUUAUUAGAUUAUAUGAAAGGACCAGAGUUGGAGUUCUUAACAUCUUCACUCACAUUUUUGGUAUCAAUUGAUCUAUCAAACAAUGACAUUAGUGGUGAGAUUCCUAAAGAGGUGAUGAGUCUGUCUGGAUUGCUGAACUUUAAUGUUUCCGGGAAUCAUAUACGUGGAAAGAUCCCUGAUAACAUUGGAAUUCUGAAAGAAAUGAUGUUUCUUGAUUUAUCCAGAAAUCAACUUUCUGGUCAUAUACCUCAAAGCUUGUCAAACUUGUCAUAUUUAACUCGUUUGAAUCUCUCAUUUAACGAUUUUUCUGGGAGAAUUCCAACGGGUAAUCAACUUCAGACUCUGGAUGAUUCAUCCAUCUAUACCGGAAACCCUCAACUAUGUGGAAUUCCAAGUUUAAACCGAUGUUCUGACAGCAAUGGAACACCUGAUCCAGGUCAAGAAAAUGAAGAAGAAGACGAUGAUAAUCAUUUGUGGUUUUAUAGUGCCUUGGGACCUGGUUUCUUUGUAGGAUUCUUGGGAUUUUGCGGUCCAUUACAUUUCAUCAAGUCAUGGAGAUAUGCUUAUUAUAGAUUUCUCAAUAAGGUUGGCAACAGACUAGCACUGGCAAUCGCAAUGAAAGUAGCUUGGUUUCGUCAGAAGUUCCACAAGCUUUAAGUUCUGGAGAAAGGAAUUGAUGCUCAAUGUGGUGAAUAUCAAGACCUUCCUAGUACCCGAGGUAAAGCAGGACCUGACCUUCGCCAUUCUCGUGCUGAACAACAAUGUUUAGUAGAUAUAUUUCUUUUGAGUAUGCCUCCUUCCUUCAAUAAACAGUUUAUCUUGUGUUACUCCACUGGGAGUGAAUAAUGUAUCUGUUUUCGUAUAUGGUAACAAUAAUGAUAAUGAUGGAGAAUUAGGCUUCAUUACU